CUCUCACGCACUCAAACCCGGAAGUAAAGACGAUGCGCUUUUAAAAAGCGGUGUACACAGGUGCUGUCAUGCGUAUCUUAUGAUGAUAAUUUUGAAAGGAGAUUCAUUCAGAAUGGCUCAGUGUGUUUUAGUUUUGUCACUGCUGCUGUUAGUUCAGCUACAGUCUUCAUUUGAGAGCACAGAUGCUCCAAAUGUAAAUGAUGGUGGAUGGGGAACGGAUUUUAAUAUGGAGGAUGAAGGCGAAUGCAACAUUGAGAUCAGAGAUGUGAACUCCAUAACGUACACUGAGUUUAUUAACGAGUAUGCCUACACAAAACCAGUUAUACUUAGAGGACUUACAGAUAACAGCAAUUUCCGAUUACUUUGUUCUAAAUCCCAUCUGUUGAGAGAGUACGGAGAGAAAACAGUCCGUCUCAGCACAGCCAAUACACACUCGUACCAAAAAGUGGAUGUGCGAUUUGAAGAAUUCGUGAGGUUUCUGUUAACCCCUCAGUCUGAAGAUGCCCUUGGCAGUGACACGCUGUACUUCUUUGGGGACAAUAACUUCACAGAGUGGCAUUCACUGUUUGAAGAAUAUAAAGCUCCACCUUACAGUCUUCCUUUCAUGAGCCCUGCGUAUAGUUUUGGGAUUGCUGGACCAGGUACAGGCGUCCCAUUUCACUGGCAUGGUCCCGGUUACUCUGAAGUUAUAUAUGGCAGGAAGCGUUGGUUCCUGUACCCACCUGAGCAGGCACCUGAGUUUCACCCCAACCACACAUCACUGUCCUGGGUCUCUCUCACUUACCCAAACCUGGAGCUCCAUCAGAGGCCGAUGGAGUGCACCAUACGACCCGGAGAGGUGCUGUAUUUUCCAGAUCGCUGGUGGCAUGCAACACUAAACCUGGACACCAGCGUCUUCAUUUCAACUUUUCUGGGUUGAAGUGUGCUGUGACGGCAGUUUUUACUUGAAGGACCAAAUCACUUUUUCUCAAAUGGGCCAACGCAAUGUUUUUAAAGCAUCACGUCCAUCAGUUCAUUAACUUUUAGAAAAGGUUUUAUUGAGAAUAUGAACUGAUUUUAAUACAUUUUUUAAAAUAAAUGUGUUUUAAACAUUAA